GGCCGCCUCCGUCCGGCGGGCUCUGCCUUGGCACAGGCAGGGCACUGACUUGAAGUUCCGUGUGCUCUCAGUCCUAUAGAGACACAGCCCUCUGAAAUUCAUGAACCAACAUGCUUGGCAGAAGACCUAAAAAGAGCACUCAGGCAAAGGGCCAGGGAGCUGCAGUUGCAAAGCAGCUGGGGUUGUUUGUGGAUUUCAAUCCUGAAGAGAUGCUGCUGGGUGCAGAGGAAGGUGAGGAUGAUGGGGACCUUGAAGCAGAGCUUGCUGCUAUCACAGGAGCAAAAGUGAAAGAAGGAAAACCAAAACCAAAGGUGAAAACUCCUCUGCCCAUGGAUCAUAUUGAAAAGAUGGCUGCAGAGUGUAUGAAGGACCUGAAUGAAGAUGAAGAGGAAGAUGCAGAUGAUGAAGACUUGGAGAAAGAUACAGACCUGUUGGCAGAGUUGCAAGAAGUUCUGGGGGAAGAGGGCGAGACAGGAAGCUGUGAGGAUGAAAUAACAGCAACAGAGCCAUCCCCAGCUGAACCAGAAGAUGAACUACCUGAACUGCAGUCACAGACCUCCUCACUUCCUGCUGUUACCAGUGAGCUACAACAGACACUCGAGGGAAGAAUUGCUGACUACAGGACGGCGAUUUCUAACGCCAAGGAGUCGGGGGAGAGUGCCAAAAUACGGCGGUACGAGAGAGGCCUGAAGACACUGGAAACCAUGCUGGCUGCAGUGAAGAAAGGCAAAAAAAUCAGUGAGGAAGAAAUGCCACCUCCUGUUGCAACAGGAAAGAGUUCUUCUAACGUACCUCAAGCCAUGGGAGUGGAGCUGGAGAAUUCAGGAGAUUCACCAGAGAAUAAAGCUGAGUCUGCUGCAGAUGAUGAGCAGAAGGCUUCUCCUGAGGCAAGGGAGCAUUUGGAAUCAGAGUCUCUACAAGGUCGUGCUGCUGCUGAUCCUGCUGUGGGAACAGAUCCCCAGCACAGCAGCACACGAGCAAUCCUACUUAAGAGGCAGAAGGAGUAUAAAUUAGCAGCUCUAAAAGCCAAGCAGCAAGGGGACCUGGAGAAAGCAAAGGAGUACAUGAAGACAGGCAAGAAAUUUAAUGUGGUGUUGGAAGCUUUGGACAGUGGGCAGCCAAUAGACCUCCAGAAUAUGCCUCCAUCUCCUCAGGAUCUUGAAAGCUUAGGACAUGUACAAGAUGCAUCCAAGCAAAAAGUACCACCUCGAGUGGGAAGUUCCCAGGAUCUUGCAACACCUGAACCUCAGACCCAAGAAGCUGCAGAGUCCCUGCAGCAGCCCAAGACGGUGCUGGAAGCGUUGCAGCAGCGGCUGGAGAAGUACAGGGCAGCAGCAGCUCAGGCCAAAGCCAGCGGGGACGAUCGGAAGGGCAGGAUGCACGACAGGAUAGCCAAGCAAUACCAGGAUGCCAUAAGAGCCCAUAAGGCAGGGAGAAAAGUGAAUUAUUCUGAGCUACCUGUUCCUCCUGGAUUUCCUCCACUUCCUGGUGUUGCAGCUACAGAUGGUGGCAGCACAAUUGCUGCUGUCCUGGAGAGUGCCAGCAAGUUGGCCAACAUGGAGGAGAAUGAUGAAGAGGAGGAGAAUGAGCCUCUCCCCCAGGCUCCAGUUUCCAAAAAGCCAACUCAGGUUGUUAAGCCAACUCCAGUUCCAUCUGCUGCAGCUCAGGAGAGCUCUCCAGAGCACCUGAAACGAGCUGCAUCACCCUCCACCCUGGACAAGGCAGAGUCAGUGGAUCAUCUCCCUCCAGCUGUUAGGGACCAGCUGGAAUUUCUGGAGAACAGGAAGAAGCAAUACCUGAAGGCAGCCAUCAAAGCAAAGAGGGAAAACAACCUCGAACAGGCAAAGACGUAUCUCAGAACAGCAAAGGGCCUUGACCUAAGGAUUGAGCAGGCAAAAUCUGGCAAAACUGUUGAUAUUUCCAAGCUGCCAUCACCUCCUACAGAUGAUGAGGGUGAUUUUAUCUUUGUACACCAUGAAGAUGUCAGGCUGUCUCAGAAAGCAGAUGAAGUUUAUGCACAGCUUGUAAAAUUGCUGAAGGACCAACAUGAGAGGUGUUUGCAGUAUUCCAAGCAAUUCAUGCAUCUGGGAAACGUAGCAGAAACAACUCGGUUUGAGAAACUGGCACAAGGUUGUAAAAAGGACAUGGAGAUCCUACAGCUUGCACGAGCACAGGGAAUGGAUCCUCCAAGCCAUCACUUUGAGGAAAGAACCUUUAAAAUGAUAAGGAUAUUUUCUGAUCUGAACAGCACAGAAAUGCAUCUUCUUAUUGUCAGAGGGAUAAACCUACCAGCCCCACCAGGUGUGUCACCAAGAGAUUUGGAUGCAUUUGUGAAGUUUGAAUUUCAGUACCCGAGUGCGGAACAACCUCAAAAGAGUAAAACACCUGUAAUUAACAAUAACAAUUGUCCAGAGUACAACCAGCUGUUCAAGCUGAACAUCAACCGGAACCACCGAGGCUUCCGACGCGCAAUUCGGUCCAAAGGAAUUAAAUUUGAAGUGUUUCACAAAGGGUCCUUUUUCAGAAGUGACAAACAUGUGGGGACAGCACACUUGAAGCUGGACAAGCUGGAAUCAGAAUGUGAAGUUAGAGAGAUCAUCGAGAUUUUUGACGGCAGAAAGCCCACUGGAGGGAAACUGGAGGUAAAAGUGAGACUCAGGGAGCCCCUCAGUGGUCAAGAUCUUCAAACAGUUACAGAAAAUUGGCUGGUCCUUGAGCGUUAGUUCUGUCCGAGAUCCAUGGGAAUGCUGGAAGUCGUGGGCUGAGCGAAGGCAGGAAGAUGCUGCUAAGCUGCAAGCACCAAAGAUGUUAAAUGAAUGCACUACUGAACCUAAUGUCUAUUUUGAUAACAGCCAUAGUGUUUAUUAAUAACUCCAAGGCAAACGGGAGGCUCUGGGAAUGCGCUGCUGCAGGGCUUGGGACCGGUCUACCCAAAAUAGACAGAAUUGCCUUAAUGUGGGACUACUGAUGUAGCACCAGGACGAAUGUUACAUUAACUAUGCAGAGUGCUGUGAGAAGGGUUUAGCCCCUUAAAAAUUCCCUGAGGCAGUGCCAGAGCUUUUUGGUUAAGUCACAGGUAAGACCUUUAUCAGAAUUCCUAUUCCCAAGUGUCUGAGCAGCCGGCAUGGUUCAGUGAACAGUCUGCUACUGCUUUUUCUGUCCUCUCCUAUCCAGGCCUGUUUGGGUUGGGAUCUUUUUUUUUGUUUCCUAAACCAGAGAGCUCUCAGGCACCAGUUCAGGGGUGCCAGUCCCUCCUCUGUGCACACCCUUGGCACGUGAGGUUCCAAGGGCUGUCCCUUUCUGAAGGAAAGGCCCCAGGGCUCGUCAGCAGGUUGGUGUUUACAGACCUCUGUUUUUGUUCUGGCUCCCAGUUGUGUGCUGUGCUUGCUGCACUGCUUGUCCAGCGCAGAAGGGUACUGUGCCUUCAUCCUUUAUGGUGUUGGGGUUUUAAUUUAAAAAAGAAAGAAAAAAGUACACUAGACUCUGCUGCUUCCCAAAUGUUCCUUGUAUUUUUACAAAAAUAGGCUUUUACAAUUCUUCCAGGUGAUGGGGAAAAUAGUCCCUACUUUGUCCUUUAAGAAAACUGGAUCAUGACUUAUUUUCAGGAAUGCUUUUUGAUCAGCAGCAUACAAGAAAGGGUACUAAAUCUGUUUGUGUUUUUAAAUCUCUGUGAGCUAACAGAAACCAGGGAUCUCCAAGGGGAGGAUGUGCCUGUGCCAGGGAUGGGCAAGGUGGGAGACAGAACAGAGUCCAGACAGGUCAGGCAGCUCUGCCUCUGUCUUCCUGAGCAGAUGAAGACAAUACAGUGUUUAGUUUUUAAUUUCAAUAAAUUUAAUAUACAAAACUACAUGUUGAAAAUAAAAAUAUAAUAUGCA